AAUAUAUAUUUCGUUCUCAGGUACAGUUCGGGUGAUCAAUCUGGAUUCAUCUGGUUCAAUUGCCAUCUGUUACAGAAUUCCUCUUUAAACACAGAAUACAUUAAGUGUACAAAAGGAUCAGGUUCGGUGGUCUAUGAGGAGAGUACAGUAUUUGCUGAUGAAGGUCUUGGAAAUGUCCAGAACAACAAUUCAUGUCUGGCCUACAAUAGAGCUGAGCUUGCUGAGUUGGCUGAGGGCAAUAGAAGAUUUACACUGAAAGACUGCUCUGAUGAAGGCAUCGUCCAAUGUAUAUCUGAUGAGUCUAGCAGUGGAUCCCAGGCCACUGAUAUUCCUCAAGACACCACUUCAUUCACGUUCCAGGAAUCGUCAGAAGCAGUAACUACGGUCUCAUCAUCACUCAAAACUAUCAACACACAGUCCUCUCCAUCCUUGAUGUCUGGUCUAACCAAUCCAAGCUCUACAGAUGAUCAAACGACUAUGACAACAGAUCACGUAACAUCACAAAAGCAGACAUCAGAUCCUCCAGACCUUCCGGAUGCUACCAGCGUGAUUGGACCCCAAGCAACAAACAUUAGCCCAACAAGAGACUUCCUUUCAUCUACACUUCAAGAGUCAACAGAAGCAGUUGCUUCAGGAGUAUCUUCAACUGUGAACACGUCACCUGGAUCAACACGGUCAGCAACAACUCCAUCGAUCUCCGGACUUACCUCUGCAGAAAGCACAGAGGAUGGAGAUGAUCCUGUUCCUUCACAGGGAUCCCCCACUGUCCUGAGAGGAACCUCUAUCAGUUCAACAACUGCAGAAAAAGAGUCGUCAACUGCCCCUCAAGGAUCAGAAAGUCCCCCCUCAUCAACCACCACAUCAUCGAGAGUUCGACCUCCAAACUUGGUGUCCACCAUCUUCAAGAAGAACGUCUCACAGAAGCAAGGUUCAUGUGGUACGGGUGAUGGCUUUCCGGUCCGGUCUGUUCUUCGGUGUGCUGCUGCUUGCUUAGGAGCCACUGAGCAUCCAUGCCAGGGGUAUGAUGUGAAUCGCAACAGUGAUGGAGGACUAGAGUGUGUGCUCAAUACUGGCUCUGGCCAUGCCCAUUCUGAGUGUGAUUUCUUUAAGUACAUGUAAUUCAACAGGAAGAAAGGAGUAUAACUAUUCAUAGGAAAUAUAUAGUGAAAGAAGGUUAUCAGAAAAUUUACAUACCGGUAAGCAUGGUACAGGAGAAAGUUUCUUCAAUCCAGUCUGGCCUGCUUUAUGUAGUUCAAGAGGAAGCACAUGAUACAACUAUAUUUCAAAAAUACAUAGUGAAUUAACGUUAUAGGAAAAUGUACGUAGAGAAGUUAACUGUUUAGACGUCAGUGAAUAAGAAUGCUACAUGUAUUACUUUGAUGCAAGCAUUGUAAUAUUAGUACUUUCAUCACUUGUAUAGGUCAAAUUUACCUACAAGCCAAACCAAUGAGGCCUGUUACAAACCUUAUCAAUUAAACAGAAGAGACUGAGAAAAAAAAUCAGCAAAUGCAAAUGAUUAGAUAUAAGAACAAUUAACUUUAUUUUUAAAAAUUUCGCAUUUGAUUUCAGUGCAAUUAUCUGAGAGCAUACAGCAGACAAUGUUUACAUGUUGGAUUACUGUUAUUAGAGACCCAGCCACAAGAUAAAUCCUGAUCUCGAGGGAUAAUCCUUUCCCAUACAUUUAAGUCAUUGGCCUUAUCAAGCUAGCUACUGUGUCGACACUGACACAUUCAUGUUAGACCAGUCUGUGUAUGUUAACACCUUCACACUAUUCAUAACAUUAAUCUGAGCUUCUAGACCAUGUUAUACCUCGAUCACACUACCAAACUGACAACAAACUAACUCCAAACUGUCCAAUAACAGAGUUACUUGGUGAAAUGUCAUUUCUUGUUGUGGGCAGUCUGGUGUGGUAUAACCGAGGUACUACUCCAAUGGAUCUAUCUUAAAGACCCGUGCAUAACAUAGUUGUGUCAUCACACAUUCACGCAAGAUGAACCCCUCCCUUAUUAAAAGCAGUUCAACUUGUUUAGCUUUAUCCUGUAUAUAAGAUAGAUUCUAUGUACAGUGGAACCUCAUUAUAACUGACUCUUUAGAGUUGAAGAUAUUACCUUGUUAUAUCGUACCUUGUUUUAUCAGAGCAAAAAAUACAAUAAAAUAUAAAUUUAAACAGUGGGACCUGCAAAA